AUAGAUAAUACAGACAAAAAAAAAACCCUCCCAAAAUCUUCCCACCAAACCUUCCCCACGAAAUUUCCGAGGGAAACCCAAACACGACAUCCAUCCCAAAUCCAAAUCCAAAUCCAAAUCCAAAUCCAAUCCCGAUGUACAAGGAAACGCCCCCGCCAUCAUGGCCCGAGUCGAACCGCCCCCGGACAGGCUGGUCCCGGUUUGAGGACAAGCUCUUUGAGCAAGCUCUGGUGGUCUUCCCCGAGGAGCUCCCCGACCGCUGGCGGAGGAUCGCCGGAGAGCUUCCCGGUAGGUCGCCCGUGGAGGUGAGGGAGCACUAUGAAGCCCUUGUCCAUGAUGUCUCCGAGAUCGACUCCGGCCGGGUCGAGCUGCCCAGCUACGCCGACGAGUCGGCGGAAGGCGGCUUAGCAGAGGGCUGGGACCCCGCGGGUCAGAUCUCCUUCGGUUCAAAGCCCAAGCAUGGCGAUGUUGAGCGGAAGAAGGGGACCCCGUGGACAGAGGAAGAACACAGGUUAUUCUUGGUUGGGCUCAAAAAGUACGGUAAGGGUGACUGGAGAAGCAUUUCGAGGAAUGUGGUUGUUACUAGAACCCCGACUCAGGUUGCUAGUCACGCCCAGAAAUACUUCCUCCGGCAAACUUCUGGAAAGAAAGAGAGGAAGCGUUCGAGCAUCCAUGAUAUCACCACUGCUGAUAGCAACCUAGUCUCUGCACCAGUGGAUCAGAACUGGAUUUCGGGCAUGGGAUCUCAAGGUCAGGAGCAGUUUCCCGCCCCGAACCAGCUGCCCGAUCAAGGUCUGGGAGGGUCAUUAGGGUACCAAAAUUUUGGUCAUUCCUUGUAAAGUUCAAUUAAAAGCGCCAUACCCGUUAAACCCGUUUCUUGUACAUAUAAAAGAAACGAAUGGUUAGCUAGGACAUGACUUAGAAACCUCAUUCAUGAAUAUCUGUCUCAUCUAUCUGUUCUAGGAAAUUAUAGUAGAUGUUCAGAAAGAUUAGGAUUUUGGGGCCUGUGGAGUUAGAAAUUGGUGUUAUUGGUUGUUGUUAUAGGAAUCUCUUCUUACGGGUUCUAAAUAUAAGAACAUAAUUGCUCGGAAGUACAGUUUGGAAGAUGUAUUCGCGUAGGAACCAUUCAAUGAAAUAGAAUAUUUAUUCAAGUAAA